AUGUCUCUAAAUUUCUACCUGAAAAUAUUCCCUCCCUUCAACUUACAACUCAAGCUUUUUUCCGUCCACCCGCCGCCGCUGCGAAAAUUCAAAGGCGGCGGCGCCGCCGCCGCCGAGCCGCUCUCGGUCCUGCCGGAUCUGACGAAGCCGACCGCGCUGCUGCUGCUGUCGCCGCCGCCUCCGCCGCCGCCGGCGGAGAAACGGGCGGCGGCAGCGGCGGAGUACAGGCUGAAGGUCCCGGAAAAGGGCGGGAAGGCGAGCCUGAAGGAGUUCAUAAAGCCGCCGCCGUGUAUGCAUAGCAUGAGCGACGAGGAGCUGCUGUGGAGAGCGUCGAUGGUUCCGAAGGUGGAGAAUGUGCCGUUCAGACAUCCUCGGAAAAUCGCGUUCAUGUUCUUGGCGAGAGGGAGCUUGCCCCUGGCGCCGCUUUGGGAGAAGUUCUUCAAGGGGCAUGAAGGGCUUUAUUCCAUUUAUAUUCAUUCUCAGCCUUCCUUUAGCGGUAUUGCCCUUGAAGAAGGUCCCAUCUUUCAAGGAAGAAGAAUACCAAGUAAGAAGGUGGUAUGGGGGGAGUUCAACAUGAUCGAGGCGGAGCGGCGGCUACUAGCCAACGCCUUGCUGGAUUUCUCCAACAAACGCUUCGUUCUCCUCUCCGAGGCCUGCAUCCCUUUGUUCAACUUCUCCACAGUCUACCACUACCUAAUGCAGUCCUCCAAGACCUACAUCGAGGCCUACGACCUCCCGGGCCCUGUGGGGCGGGGCCGUUACAACAAGCUCAUGGAACCCGACAUCACCCUCGAGCAGUGGCUGAAGGGGUCCCAGUGGUUCGAGGUGGACCGCCACUUAGCCGUCGAGCUCAUCUCCGACACCAAAUACUACGCCUUGUUCAAAGACUACUGCCAGCCCGCGUGUUACUCCGACGAGCAUUAUUUCCCCACCUUCGUCACCAUGAAGUUCUGGGAGAAGAAUUCCAACCGGACGUUGACCUGGGUUGACUGGUCAAAGGGGGGCCCGCACCCCUCCACGUAUGAUAACACCGACAUUACUGCGGAUUUCUUGAACAACAUGCGGAAUGGGACCCGCUGCCAGUACAAUGAGAUGUCCACCGACAUUUGCUACUUGUUUGCUAGGAAGUUUUUGCCCACUGCUUUGGAUAGGCUGUUGAGAGUAGCACCUAAAGUGAUGAUGUUCGAUUAG